AUGCUCUCAUUCCUAUCGAUGAUACUAUCGUCAGGGACAGUAUUGCGGUCAGACAGCGAAGAAUGGUCUUCAAAGACUUAUCCUGAUCCUCGUCUGAACUUCACCCAGUGUCGUACCUGGUCUGAAUCAACUCUUUGCGAUCCGGACCACAUCCUUACUGACCAGUGGCGCAUGGAUAUCAACAGCAAUAUUAAUUUGCAAAAUAAAUGUUCGGUUAUGUUUUUGGCACACUUACCUGCUUAUAUCCACGUAAAUUCAAAUCUAAGGGCGCUGCAGACCGAUCUUCUUUAUGAGUAA